CAGUGAUGUACCUUCCGUAGACGUCCAUGGUUGGAACUGCUACAGAGUUUCUUCGGGCAUGGAACCCAUUUCAGAGCGUUUCCUGGCGGAUUAUGCAGACACUGCGCAGAGAGGGCAAUCUGCUGGCACCGCACAGGAGCCAUUGACCUUGCCGCCCUCGGCACCUCCUGAGCUCCAGGAACACUUCACCCGCCUGGUGCAAGAGAAAAGGGAGUUGAAAGAUUAUGCUGACCGUGUGACGCGCGAGCUCAGAAGGUAUCAACAAUCUCGUCCUCAACCAGCAGCUACUCCGGAAGACGAUUUGCCUCUGCCACCAUGGGCAACAAAUAUGCAGAUGAUGUCUCCGCUCUUGUUCGCAUACGAGGAGCGGAUUGCCGAGCUCGAAGCCGUCAUCGAACGUUCGGUGAGCCUCGCGGAACAGGCGCAACUGCUGGCCAAAGAGAACGAUCAACUUCGGGGCGAGCUCCACGAGCGAACAGAGCAGCUUCGAAAUGCUCAGGUGCUCGGUGGCGUCUCAGGCGAGGUGCAAAGUUUGAACACCAAGGAGCAGCAGGAGGAGAUUCAGGAGUUGUACCGCCUGAGUGUUGAGCAAAAUGAGGCGCUGGCGCAACAGAAUCAGCUGUUGAAACUCCAGCUGGAGCGCAUGCAGCAGACACUGGCAGCGGGUCGUCAACAGGCACAGGAGGUGUACGUCAAGGCACAUGAGAACCAGAAUGCUCUGUCAGAGGAGCGGCAAAGAGGAGAGGUCUUGGCUCGACAACGAGUGGCUGCGGAGCAGAAACUGGAGGAGGUGACGGCUGAUUUGCUGGAGCAAAUGGGCAAACGUGAUGCUUUGGAAGCUGAGAUCGAAGCUCUUCGACACGAAGUUGACGUCCAGAAGCAAACUGCUGACAUCAAUCAGAAGUCCUUCUCCGAAAGGUGCGCCUUGGCAUUGGACGAGGAGGAGCGCUUGAAGGCGGAACUCGCAAGGUGUACCAAGAGUGAACGCGAAUAUCGACGGCAAGCCUUGGAGGCGCAGAAGAAUCUGGACGAGACUGCUGAACAGCUUCAUUUGGCACGAAAAGAACUCGAGUCCAGCAAGCAAACAGCCGAAGAGUUCUUGCAAAGUACAGAAACCUUGCAAAGACGUUUGCUUGACAUCAAAGAUAUGCAUGAAGACAAGAAAGCGCAACUGGCAGAGACAGAGGCCAAGUUGGCCGAGCUGCAGAUCGAGAAGGAUCGAUGGAUGGGCACUGAGGAGGCCACAAAGAAGCAAGCGGAGCGCGUGGAGGCGCGGCUUAGGGAAGAGAACAACACGCUCAAGAUGGAGAAGGAGCAGGAGUUUUCCAGCUUCAAGAGCUCGCAGCAGAGGAUCACUGAUGACCUCAAGAAGAGGUUGCGCCUCAGUGAACAGAGAGCUUCGGAGGCAGAAGCUAAGGUGAGCCUCUACGAGAAGCAGCGUGAAUGGGAGGCUUCCGCUUUGGAGAGACAGAGCACCUCACAUCGCGAAGAGAUUGAACGCCUUCGCAGCGAUUGUGAGGAAGCUCAACAGGCACGUCUUCGGCUGGAUCGGCACAACGCCGAGUUGCAGCAGCAAAACGCGAGACUGCAAGCGAAGUUGGAAGCGACUUCUGCCGAUACAAAGGAGCAGAACACCCGAUCAGCUGCAGAGCAGGCGAGCCUAAGAUCCCAAUUGCAAGCUGCAGAGCAAAGACUCACUCAGGUACAGGACGAGCUCAAAAGCGCCCUGACGAGGAAUCACACCUGCGAGGAGAAUCUCUUGAAAGCGCAAAGCGACUUGCAAGAAGAACGUCUCAGG